AUGAAGUACUAUGCUAACCUGAAAUCCAAUUUCAAACCCAGCCAUUUAGAAGAAGGUGAUACGGUACUUUUGAAGAACGACUACAAAAGUAAAAGAUUUCCGCCUUAUGAUCCCAGUCCAUAUAAAGUGGUGGAGAAGAAAGGAUCAAUGGUCACUGCAAGGAGAGACUCCAGAUCAGUAACCCGUAAUUCGUCUUUCUUCAAGCCUGUUGUAAAGCCGGAAAAGGAAGAAACAGAAUGCCCAGAACUUUGUGUUCCAGAAAGAUCACAAGAAAAUCCUGACAUCUGUGAAGACGCUGAAUGUGGAACACGAGAAAAUCCUGACGUCUCCAAAGAUCCUGAACGUGAAGCACCUCACACAGAAAAUCCCUCCAUAGUGACAGAAAUGCCUAGAUAUCCAAGAAGAGUAAGGAAAAAGCCAGACAGAUAUCAAAGUUGA